AUAGGCAUACAGAUUUUGGUUUGCUGUGUUGGUGCGUUGGUGCAGAGUGCAGGAGGAAAAAAGUUCUGAUCCACAAAAGGCACUUGUUAACAAGUAUUGAUUGAUUGAUUGAUUGACAAAUCUGUUUAUAUUCUGUAAAGAGUACGCGAGUAACCCACAAAAAAAAUAUUAUUAACUUUCCUCAAUACUACAAUGACGGAAAAAACGAAAGAAAGAAAACGUAGUGUCUGCACUUGGUUGUGGCAUGUAUUUGAUGCCUUGGACGAAAACAAGAAUGGAUUAGUAGACAAGCAACAGUUACGGAUUAUCACGGCUCACAUCGGCAAUUCACUCGGCGUCAACAACAGCAGUUUGGUUGCAAACAAAUUGGCCGAGUACUUUAAGGAUUCACCUGAGUCAAUCAAUUUCACAGAUUAUUACACAUUUAUCUCAAAUCAGAAAUUUAUUGAAGCCGACAUGAUGGACAUGAAGAAAAUUGAAAAUGUUUGCUGGAUGAUAUGCUCAAAAAAGUUCAAUGGUCGUGAAGGAGAACGCUUCAAUCUGGAUGAUGUCUAUAAACUAUGGCAAGUUUUUAAUAUUUUAGUGGAACCAGAAGUGCUCCCAAUAAGUAUUGAUCGAGAGGAGUUUGAAAUACUUCUGGAAAAGUUGGUGACAGCAAUGGGAAAGAAGUGGAACACAUCCAAGUUUGAAGUUACCUACAAAGACAAACAAUAUGUAAAAUUCAUUGAGCUUUUGAAAUCGUUGGAAUGUGAAUAUGGAAUGGGCAUGGAUGAAAUGAUGCUACGCAUGGCAGUGAAGGACGUUCAUGAUGAAUGUGUUAUGGAAGUGGAGAAAAAGGGAAUGAUGAAAAAGAAAGGACACAUGAUAGCUUCUUGGAAGGACCGUUGGUUUGUUUUGUCGCAAGAAACACUCACUUAUUACACGGACCGCUCAGAGAAGGAGGCCAAAGGUCAAAUUACAUUAACACCCUUUUGGAAAGUUGAGUUAAUAAAUGAUGGCAAAUACAAGAAUAUGUUUGUAAUAUACAAGGAGGGGAAAUCAACGAAUGAAAAGUCACGAUAUGAAAUGAGCGUCAGUGAUUUACGUACCAGACAAGAGUGGAUUACAGCAUUGACGUUAGUUUUGAGACGCUUACAAAAUGAGGAAAGUUCAAUGGUUCUAAAAGGUGCCAAGGAAAGGCAAGAAGUAAGGACAAAAAUAAGGAAGGAACAAGAGGAAGCGGAGGAAAAGCAACGAAUGAAGGAUGAAGAAUUAGAAUUAAUGAAAAAGCGAGUACUAGAGAGUGAAAGGGAAGCACAAGAGGAAGCUGAGAAGAGGAGGAAAAUGGAAGAAGAGGAGGCUGCAAUGAGGGAGAAAAUGUUAAGGGAAAAGCAGAUCCUAGAGGAACAAAUGUCUGCUUUACUAACAGAACAUGAAAAAACAAUGUUGCAAGCUGAAGCGGCAGCAGAAGCAAGGAGAAAAAGAGAAGAGGAAGAAGAGCAGAGACGGCAACAAGAUGUAGAGGAAUUGAAGAAGAGAGAAGCAGAACUGAAUGACAUGAAAAUGGCAAUAAAAGAAGCAGAAAGAAGGGCAAAAGAAGAAGCUGAGAAGAGGCAACUGAAAGAACUUGAAGAGGAGGAAAAACAAAGUAUUCUAAGGGAGGAAAAAGAAAGGCAAGCACAGGAGUUAGCAAGAAUCAGAAUGGAGAGGGAAGAAGCUGAGGAGAAACUACUGCAAGAGCAAGAAUUAUGGAGACAGAAAGAGGAAGAAGAAGACAGAAAGACACAGGAAUACCUUGAAGAAUUGAAAAGAAAGGAAGAACUUUUGAGUAAAGUUCGGUUGGAUAUGGAAGAUGCGGAGAAAAGGGCCCUGAUAGAAGAACAGUUGAAGCUAGAUGAACAACGACGACGAGAAGAGCUGGAGACAUUAAACAAAGAGUUGGAAGAGUUACUGCAGGAGGAGAGGCAGGCAAAGAGGGAUGAAGAAAUAGUGCGUGCUUUACAGGCCAGGUUACUGGAAGAGGAAUCUGAGAAGCGAGAAGAACUUGAGAAAUUAAAAGAACAGCAGGAGAGGAUGUUACAAGAGGAGAGGGAGAGAAGAGAGAACCUUGAGCAGCGCAGUGAAGAACUAGAGACCCAGAGGUUAGAGCAAGCAAGAAUCUUGGAAGAGGAGAGGACGAAACUGAAUGAUCUGGAGCAGAAAAGAAUUGAGGCAGACAAUAGACUACUGGAUGCUAUGGCUAAACUGACAGCAGCAGAAAAGGAAUCGGAAGAAAAGCGACGAAAACGUGCUGAACUGAACAAGCCCAUCGGCCUGGCAAGACCAAUCCAACCAUCAGCUAAGCCACUGACAUGCCAUAGGGGACCAGGUGUUUUCACUCAUGGACAUCUCGAUGCAAUUAAGGACUUAUACAACAAACAAAAGGUGGAUGAGACAAGUGAGACAAGCCAGAAUAUAAACGUUACAAAUGGAUACACCAAAGAAAGCAACUUGGACUUCGUAGAAAAAGAAUUCAAUCUCUCAGUCAAUAAUAUUAAGUCAGAAUCCACGGAAAAAGAGGACAAAUGAAAAAAUUCAAAAGCACCCUUUCAAUAUUUAAUGUUAACGGUUUGUCAAGAAUUUGUUCACAGUGAACUCUUUAAUGUUACAUGAAACAUGAAAUUGGCAAGAGAGCAGUAUUCAACCAGUCAGAAUUGAAAGCCAUCCAUACAGUAAUUCAAUAUGAAAACAUAACAUUCAAUAAGAUUGAGAGUGAAAUAUCAAUAUUGUGAAAUACCAGUUUAUCUUGAAAAUAAAUGAAAUAUGUAAUUAAAUUUGUAUUGAAAUACAAGCUGCAUAAUACCAAAGAGUACAGAAUUGCAGGAGGUCCGACUGCCCUGAUUUUGUAUGCACACAAAGGAACAUUUAAAAAAAAGUAUUACCACAAGUUAGGGGGCGCCCUAUUAAAAUUUAAAUAGAGUUUGAAACUCGACUUUAAAAGGAUGCCCUUUAGUUCGUGGUAGUAGUUUUUGAAAUAGGAUUGUUUCAACGAAACCCUGAAAGUCGGAACUCUUGCAGUUUUAUACUCUUUGAUAAUACUGUAAUAAUAAAAGUGAUGAUGUCUUAACUUCAUGAAUGUUAAUACAUGAAUAAUAAUAAUAAUAAUACAUGAUUGUCACUAAAUAUGAAUACUAAUUUCAUACAAUUAGAUUUAUAAAGUUGUAUUUAUAUGCAUAUCCUUAAUAUUUAUCAAUUACUUUGUGAGAUGCAAGAAACAUGUUUCACUGCAGUUACGUUGCAACCAAGUUACAGAGAAAUUAAAUAGUUACUAACUAUCAAGCAUUAAACAUUCCAAUCAAAUCGUAUAAAGUAGGUUAAGUCGAAGGGAAUUGUUUUCAAAAUGAUAAUACUACCAUUUCUAACAUAUGCAAUUUCAUAAUUCAUAAUAUGUUUUAACGUAAAAAUGGUGUUAUUGGUGUUAAUUAUUAAUUAUUGACUGUCAGUGAUUUUUAAAGUAUUCAUGUUAGCAAUUACCAUCCAUAUUUGUAGGAUAAAUAUAUAAAUUGAUACAUUUUGUUAAUAUUCUGUGGUUCUGGUUCUUUAUCUUAAGGUAUGGGUCCUUUCUGUCCACCCAGGAGCAUAAAUGGGCAUUCUCGAAUUGGAAUACUCCCAAUGGAGUAGAGGAAGUUGGACACAGUGUGAUAAUACAGUAUUACAAGUGCUUGGAUUUUGGGGAUAGGUUUGAAAAUAUUCACCUCUUUUGACAUACAAAAUUGCAGAUUCCGACAAUGUAGCCAAAUUCCUGACAUCAGAAUACUUGCUCCAUCCAUACCAUCUAUCCAAACAGACCACCAUGUGUUUAGAUUGUCAUUUAAGUAACUUUGUUUUAUUUGGAUUUGAAUACAUGUGUUUGUCAAGACCUUUGAGAUAGUAAAAUUGUUCAUAAUGUA